CUGAACUCAUAAACGAGGUUCGAGCCAGUUUUGAAGCCCAAAAGCAUGUCACCGACCUGCAGGCCAUUAAGUUCCAUUUGAGUGAAGGCAGGAAGCGUCUGGAGCAGCUGCAGUCAAUCAAACAACCAGCAAAUCAGUCAGGCAGCCAGUCGACCCGUCAGUCAGCCAGUCAGAUGGUCCUAGAUGCGUUUCAGCAGCGCAAGGCGGUGGUGCUGGCGGGACUGCAGGCGGACUGCGGUGACAAGUCCCGCAAGGGCAGUGUGGAUGCGCCUGUGGCGGUCCUGGUGUCCCGCAUCAACUCCCACCCCGCCGUUUACACGACCAGCAGCUGCUCCGGGCGGAUCACCGUGUUCGGGGAGCCCACGUCGGAGACCCGGGCGGGGGGCAAGAAGGGCGGGGAGUGGGUGUAUGCCAGCCAUGAUCCCGCAGACGCGCAGGACGUGAUAUCAGCGAUUCACGCCCGCUGCGUGUCAGGCGCCCGACUGGUGCUCCGGUUCGAGCCCUUCAUCCUGGCCUUGGAGGCCAGCAGCGCGGCAAUGGGUCAGCAGGUCUUAGCGGCCGCCCGCGCCGCUGGCUUCAGGGAAAGCGGACUGACCCUUGGGUCAGGGGGGAGGCGGGUCAUGGUGGGAGUGCGGUGCUCUCUGCGGCUGGAGGUACCCGUCGCCGACGCGGGUGCCGUACUCGUGCCGGACACCUACUUAACGUACCUGGUGGGCCUUGCGAACGACAAGUUCCAACAGAAUCUGGAUCGCAUUCGUCGAUUUGAACAGGAGCUGUUCCUGGCUUUAGGGAACCCGGCGGCUGCGGCAGCUGACGGCGGCGACGCUGAGGCCGGUACGGUACGGCAGUCAGUGGCGCAGGCGGCGCUCCGACAGCCGCCAACCGCAUCUGCGGACCCGGGGACCAUGACGGCGGCGCCGAGCGCCGUAACGAACAGCGACGCGGGAGCCAUGACGGUGGCGGCGGCGCCAGCACGGCGGCGGCGUGGCAACGCUCCUGCCGGCGCCGGCGGCACCAUCCCGGACGCUGCAUUGAAAGCCUUGAAGAGGCGCCAGGCCCAAGUUCUGGGUCGCAUCCGAGCCCUGGAACUCCGCCUUCAGGUAAAGAGCUGGGGGCGUCAAGAGCCAGAACCCGGACCCGGCAGCAGCAGCAGCAGCAGUGGGGUCGCGGGUACACAAGGUACUAACAACCGCCGCGUCGCCACCGCUGGCGCUGGCUCUGCGGGUGCCAUGGAGCUUUCCCUGGAGUCGCCCGGUGCCCCCGGUUCUACGUGUCUGAGUCUGGGAGGGGCUCUGCGGUGGCGUCCGGUGGCUUCCGUGUCCCCUGGGCAG